CGUGUCUUCCUCCCUGUGCCAGGGCCCAGCCGGCAGCACUGCCAGCAUCAGGGUGACAGCACGCAUUUCCCAGGCCAGCUGACGCCGUGUCAGGGGCUGCGAGCUCGAGCUCAGCGCCUGCUAAGCCAGGCACCGUCCAUGAUCCGCGCACUGCUCCUGCUGCUGUGCAGCCGUGCCGUGGGCACUGGGCGCCCACCACCCCCUGCCACCCCCCGCCUCAAACUGGCCUUCCCAGAGCUGCAGACCCACCACGGGCUGCGUGUCUAUGAGCUGGAGCGCUCAUGCUGCUAUGACGUGCUGCUACUGGAUGAGGAGCGUGGUCGCCUCUUUGUGGGGGCCAAGAACUACCUGGUGUCGCUGAGCCUUGACAACAUUAGCCAGCAGGACAGGAAGAUCUAUUGGCCAGCGCCCGUGGAGUGGAGGGAAGAGUGUAACUGGGCUGGCAAGGACAUCAAUACUGAGUGCAUGAACUUUGUGAAGAUCCUGCAUUCCUACAACCGGACCCAUCUGUAUGCCUGUGGCACGGGUGCCUUCCACCCCAUCUGUGCCUUUGUGGAAGUUGGCCAGCACAUAGAGGACUUUGUCUUCAAACUGGACCUGCAACAUGCAGAGGACGGCAAGGGGAAGAGCCCAUAUGACCCCCAGCAUGUGGCCGCCUCCGUUCUUGUGGGUGAGGAGCUCUACUCCGGGGUCGCCACUGAUCUGAUGGGUCGUGACUUUACCAUCUUCCGCAGCCUGGGCCCACGCCCAUCUAUCCGCACCGAGCAGCAUGACUCCCGCUGGCUCAAUGAGCCCAAGUUCGUGGAUGUCUUUUGGGUGCCCGAGAGUGAGAACCCUGAUGAUGACAAGAUCUACUUUUUCUUCCGUGAGACAGCAGUGGAAAGGCCGCAGGGGCUGGGCAAGACCAGCUUUGCCCGCAUUGGCCAGAUCUGCAGGAAUGACGUGGGUGGGCAGCGGAGCCUGGUGAACAAGUGGACAACGUUCCUGAAGGCCCGACUGGUGUGCUCUGUGCCAGGCAGUGAUGGUGUGGACACCCACUUCGAUGAGCUGCGUGACAUCUUCCUGCUGCAAACAAGGGACAAACGCAAUCCCCUGGUCUAUGCCAUCUUCUCUACCUCCAGCUCCGUUUUCCAGGGCUCAGCUGUCUGCGUCUAUACUAUGGCUGACAUCCGCCGGGCUUUCCUGGGGCCCUUUGCACACAAGGAGGGCCCCAGCUACCAGUGGGUGUCGUACCAGGCUCGUGUGCCGUACCCCCGCCCGGGUAUGUGCCCUAGCAAAACCUUUGGCACCUUCAGCUCCACCAAGGACUUCCCGGAUGAGGCCAACACACCCCACACCUUCACUUGCAUCGCCGUAGACCGUGUCACAGCUGCUGACGGCCAGUAUGACGUCCUCUUCAUUGGCACAGAUGUGGGAACAGUGCUGAAGGUGGUCUCAGUGCCCAAGGGGAGCUGGCACAACAUGGAGGAACUGCUACUGGAGGAGCUUCAGGUCUUCCAGGAUUUGUCCCCCAUCACCAGCCUGCAGAUCUCCUCGAAGCGGCAACAGCUCUAUGCCAGCUCGGUCACAGCUGUGGCCCAGUUGCCCCUGCACCGUUGCAGUAUCUAUGGCAAAGCCUGCGCAGAGUGCUGCCUGGCCCGGGACCCCUACUGUGCCUGGGAUGGCAACACCUGCACCCGCUAUGUGCCCAACACCAAAAGGCGUUUCCGCCGGCAGGAUGUCCGCAAUGGUGACCCCAGUGUGCUCUGCUCUGAAGAUCCCCAGCUAGGCAGUGUGCCCCAGAAGAAGCUGUAUGGGGUGGAGGGCAGCAGUGCCUUCCUGGAGUGCAAGCCCAAGUCCCUGCAAGCCCGAGUGCUCUGGACAUACCAGCACACCAGUGAUGCCCCUAAGCGAGAGGUGCAGCUGGAUGAGCGGGUGGUGCAGAUGGAGCAGGGCAUCCUACUCCGCAGUGUGCAGCAUGCUGACGCUGGGCUCUACCUCUGCCACGCCACCGAGCACGGCUUCACCCAGCCCUUACUGCAGCUCUCGCUAGAGGUGAUUGGCACCCAGCAGGCCCCAGGGCUGGCACCCUUCGGCACCACUGAGCCUGCAGGGCCACCUGGCCACAAGGUCUGGUACCAAGACUUCCUCCAGCUGGUGGACCACCCACCUCUGGGUGCCAUGGACAAAAUGUGCGAGCGGCUCUGGAGCCGUGGGAGUCCCCUGGCCCGCAGGAGGCCCCUGCUGCCCCCUCCGCUCAGUGCCAAGGCCAGGCCCCCUAAAUGGAGGCAGAGCACAGAGCUGCGCAAGGCCCGCAGCCGGCGCAUGCAUGAGGCACCACGGGCUGAGCGGGGGCCCCGCAAUGCGUCCCCCUGGUGACCCUAGGGCUGGCCCCGGGUGCCAGGCUCCACUUUGGAGUGGGGCCGUGGGCCGGGCGUGUGGGAGGCAGGGCACCAGCACUGGCCCUAGGCUGCUCUGGAGCAGGAUGGCACUGGGGGUCAAGGGCACCUGUGGGGGCUCUGGUUCCAGGGCAGGGAGAGCAGCCAGACUGAAGAUCGUCGAUGGCUGUUCUGGGCUGCCUGUGCAGCCAGGCUGCAGGCCCCUGUGCCCACGACCACUGGCUUCAAAUACCCAUGGGUGACCAAGUGAGUUCCUGGGCACCACAAGACCAUUUAUUAAUGACUGUUACUGAUGAAUGUCAACCCACCCUGGGGCACUGGGGCAGGCAGGGUUGGGCUGCACCCUGCAGGCAUGGUAAGAGGUGCCCAGGGCCAGAGCAGGAUGGUGCAGCAGGGUGCCACAGGUGGUAAGGGGCCCUGAGGGACCUGAGCAGGCCUAUCGCAGCCUUUGCUGGCACCUGUGCAAGGGAAAGGCACCCAAAUGGUUAGUGCCUCACCAUGACAGGAGACAAGGCAUUUGCUCAGGGUGCCGGGCCCAGAGGGCAGCUGUGCUGGGAGGAGAGGAGUCGGGGGGUGGGGGGUGCCCAGCACCCCUGGCACAGCUGCAAGGGAGAGCCGCUGAGCCCCUGGCAUUAUACUAAUUGAACACAAUAAAGCAGAGGAUUCA